UGUACGUUAACGUGUGUACGAUGAGGAGAUAGGUGAAAUAACUGGAUAAUAACUGGAGUGUUGAACCUAACGAAUACACGAACUCAGGUGAUCACACGUCGUGAACAGGAUUAGGCUCAGUUUGUGCAAUUAUUUGAGGAAAAGAUCAUCAUCACUGGCCCAUAGUCCACUACAAAUCCUGGAUUCUGAUUGGUCAAUAGGUACAGUCGUGUGAUAAGGCAAUACAAUAGACAAUUUGGAGAAUGGUAGAAGAGGGGUCUACGAGUGAGAACAAUGACGUUGAAAUGCUCAUAGUCAAAAACGGUGACGCACUACACGAAGUCGAUGAACCAGACAAUAUUGACUCUGAAUUCUACAAAGACCUGGAUGACGAUGGCAUGGAAACCGACAAAGAUGAAGAAAAAUCUGAAGCAGAACCAGAAAUCGGAUGGCGAAAUAUGUCAAGAAAGUUGAACGUACUCUUGGCUGGACUUUGUCUCAGUAGAUUUCUGUACUACGCGGCUUUUUCGAUGAUAGCACCGUUCUUUCCAGACGAGGCUGCGGAACAUGGCGUGAACGACUUAGUUAAUGGUCUUAUUUUUAGCAGUUAUUCAAUAACAGCAGUUAUUGUUUCACCUCUAUGUGGGCGUUUA